CACGGAAUUUCAGCUCAGCCAUGGCUCCCUGCUAGAUGCUCAAAGCGGCUGUUGUCGGAGCGCAUUAAAUCCACUCUCGCUCGCCGCUUCCCUCCCUGACCUUGCCUGCCUCCGGUUGGGUUUUCAAUAUUUUAUUCAGGAUUCCUGCGCUGUCUCCCCAUGGCUACAUCCGAUGGACUAGACGGCUGUCUGCAGCGAGGCAGAUCUCAAAGUGACCCGAACAUACUCACCGAACCGGGCAUCGAUCUGGCUCACGGCACAGUCGAGCUGGUGGACCAGCAGAGGGUGCUGAGGACGGGCUGCCUGGUGACCGGCGUGCACACUCCACCCAUCCGACGCAACAGCAAGCUGGCCACCCUGGGCCGCAUCUUCAAGCCCUGGAAAUGGAGGAAAAAGAAAAACGAGAAGCUCAAGCAGAGUUCUACAGAUGUAGCAUUAUCCAGCGGUCUUUUAUGCCACGAUCCAAACUCGCCCACCCAGGGUUGCUGCUCAGACGGUGCGGUCCUGCUGGGGGGGUUUGGCGGCCCCCUGAAUCAAAACCUCACUGUCAGCAGUGUGGAAUACCUUGGUCCUGAGGAGGAGCACCCCCCUUCAGUAGCCGCCCCUCUGCACGACUGUGAGCGAGUGGAGGAGAAUGUACCGCAGCAGGAGGAGGACGGAGACGAGGAGGUGCACCCUGCUGGGGAUUUACCGGAGGGCCUGCAGGACAUGGGGGAGCGGACGGAAGAGCGAGCGGAGGAGGAGAUUCCUCCAGGAACGUCUCCACCACAAGUACCUCCAAAACUCCUGCCCCAGCUGAGCAGCGGUGACGAUUCAGGCCCGGUGUCACUUCCUGCUCACCUGCCAAACUCCUACCUCCCCAAGGAGCCUCCGCCCAGGGCCACAGAGAGCAUGGCUUCGAUGACCCUGCCCCUCCGAGGGCCCCUGGCCAACUCCUCAGGCUCCCCACAUCUAGGCAAUAUGAUGCAUCCUCCAAUGCCCCCUAGCUGCAUCAUGGAGGAACUGCAGAGAGCCUUCGCUUCCAAGAACAGACAGGAGAGUGUCCAUGAGGGGUGUGAGCAGGGCUCGCCCCCGCGACUCUGGUGCUCCGACGGCCGGCUCUCGCGCUCCUGCAGCUCGGAGAACCAGCACACGUCUCCUUUCGGGGGCGGCUGCGUAGGAGGUGGGGGGUCCGACUGGCCCAAGAAGGAGGCGGAGGAGAACAAGGAGAACGUGCGGCUGGACCAGUGCUUCUCCAACACCUCAGGCCUCCCGACGGACCUGGACGGCUGGAACGAGUCCGUCAUCUCCGGCACACUUCCUCGCAGGCUAAGGAAGGAGUUGCUGGCUGUCAAACUACGAAAUCGACCCAGCAAGCAGGAGCUGGAGGACCGGAACAUCUUCCCAGCGAGGAGCGACCAGGAGCGCCAGGAAAUCCGCCAGCAGAUCGAGAUGAAACUGGCCAAGAGGCUGAGCCAGAGACCCAACGUGGAGGAGCUGGAGAGCCGGAACAUCCUGAAGCAGAGAAAUGACCAGACAGAGCAGGAGGAGAGGAGGGAGAUCAAACAGCGGCUCAACAGAAAGCUCAACCAGCGGCCCACGGUGGACGAACUCCGAGACAGAAAGAUCCUCAUCCGCUUCAGCGACUAUGUGGAGGUGGCCAAAGCUCAGGACUACGACAGGAGAGCAGACAAGCCGUGGACUCGCCUGUCAGCAGCAGACAAGGCUGCCAUCCGAAAAGAGCUGAACGAGUUCAAAAGCACGGAGAUGGAAGUGCACGCCUCCAGCAAACACCUAACGAGGUUCCACCGGCCAUGAAAGUGGGGGAAGUUUCUUCUGUGAAGAAAUGCUGAGCUGGGGAAUUUUCCUGAAGCUUCUGGAAGCCGCUGAGGCGGCGACCGUGUCCGAAGAGCCUGGAGCCUCGUCCGUCUUCGGCGCGUCUUUCUAAUUCUUCCAGCGCCCUCACGUCGGCGGCGCGAAGGCGCGGCUUUGGGAGAGGAGAUGAGGGGGGAAAUGUUUGCGGCGGCGCGUCCCGGUGACGACUGGAUGCCAAACGGAAGCCGGCUGUGCGGAAGAGACUUUGGCGGAGCCUCCGACUCUCAGGAAAAGAGCGGAGGGGGGAGAAGAAAAAAGAAAGAAAAAAAAAAGAGAACAAAACAAUCUUGUCAUUCAGUCAUCGUUGGUUUUUUUUGUACUAAUUCAUAGACUCCUUUGACAAGGCGGUGUGAAUCUGUGUCGUGGGAAGAAGUUGUGCAUGUGACCAGCUUCACCUUUUCUUAACUGAUGAAUAAUGUGACUGUGUAAAGACGGUGCAGUCGGGAGGAGUUUGAUAUCAACUGUACAUACAGUGUGUCAAUCAGAACGGGAUUGUCAAUGUCUUCACUGAAAAGAGGAAUACCUUUGUAAGCUCCACUUGUCUUCAAAAUACAAGGUCUUUUUUAA